CUCCAAAUUCCAUCGCACAAACCACUUGUCGCCCAGUCCAGCCAUUCAAAUCAUUCACAUCAUCCACUCCUCACCCGCCCAGCUCAGCCUCCGACUGUUUGGCCCCCCCGAGUGACAAAGUUACCUCCUGCGCAGCCGAAGAUCCUCCCGCCUAGUCCCUACCCCGAAGUAGCGCCUAGUCCCGCAAACAAGAAAGAAUAUUUCUCUUCGCCUCCUUCCUCGACUCUCUUCUCUUUUCUUUCUCAUCAUCAUUACUUACUCUGUCCAGCGGUCGAGAAUCUCUCGCUCUCGCCCAGGUAUUCUCAUCAUCGGCCUCGUCCAAGAUCAUCCCAGCAUUUCCAUCGCCGUCGAGAUCGGUUGCGUUCUCCAGCUCGGAUUGUCCGAUCCGCUGUUCCCAUCAGCCCAUCUACCGCAGAAGCCAACCGCCUCAGCAGUCACAGCGCAGGCAUCGAUUGUUCAUGUAUCGGACAGUCUUUCACACCUCCAAAACCAAAACCAAGCAAAAGCUGGACAUAUUUCCGGCCAAACGACAUCUUUGUCGCGUCGCAAGAUCCUCAUAUGGUUGAUACGUUGCCGGUGACCGUUUUCUUCAUGUUAUAUUUCAUUAUUCAGUGGUGAAAUCCACGCAUGUCUGGUCAAUUUGAAAGAUUCGCACACAUCCACACCCACGCCAACCACCACCACCUGCUUCUUGUGUCCGCUUGAGAUAUCAAGAUCUUUGGUUCUUUCCAGUCAUUUUUCCCCCCCAGAGAAAUCCCCCAGGGAAAAAAAGAAAAUUCAGCAUCCCUCAACAUGGCUACCAUCAAUAUUCGUCGGGAUGUUACCGAUCCCUUCUACCGCUACAAGAUGGAGCGCUUGCAGUCCAAGAUUGAAGGAAAAGGAAACGGCAUCAAAACCGUUGUUGCCAACCUUCCUAGCGUCUCGGCUUCCCUAGCCCGUCCUCCUGCCUACAUCAUCAAGUAUUUUGGUUUCGAGCUCGGUGCCCAGACCAAUACCAACCCAAAGGACGAUCGUUGGAUCAUCAACGGGGCCCACGAGGCCGGAAAGUUGCAAGACUCGUUGGACGGCUUCAUAUCCCGCUUCGUCCUCUGCAAGUCAUGCAAGAACCCCGAGACCGAGAUCAACAUCAAAGACGGACGCAUUUUGUUGGACUGCAAAGCCUGUGGUCAACGCACUCAGGUUGACAUACGCCACAAAUUGAGUGGAUUCAUUCUCAAGAACGAACCAAAGGGUGGAAAGAAAGGCGCAAAGAAGGAAAAGAUGUCUCGCCGCGACCGAGCCAAGGCCGAGGCACAGGAGAACGGCUCGAUGAACGGCGGCAGCCCCCACGACUCCAACUCGGACAAGGGCGACGUCGAUGAAGGAGACGUGGAGCUCGCAGCCGGCAGCGACGACGAGUUCACCAAACAGAUCAAUGCUGACGCCAAGGUUAUCGAGGCCAACACCAAUGGAGAGCCCAAGGACGAGGAAUGGGCUGUCGACACUUCCGCCGAAGCCGUCGCUGCUCGUGCCAAAGAACUUCCGACCGAGUUGAAGCGUUCCCUGGCCUUUGACGAGGAGGAAGAAGCCGAGGAAAAUGGUGCCAAUGCAUACGACCAACUCGGAUCCUGGGUCAUUGACGAAGCGAAAGCCAAGGGCUCUGUCAGCAAGGUCGACGAUCUCGAGAUCUACAAGAAGGCCAAAGAAUUGGGGAUCGAGAACAAGCACAAGACUCUCACCGUUCUUGCUCAGACCAUUUUCGACGACAACAUUGUCAAGCAGAUCCCCCAGCGGGCCAGCAUGCUCAAGACCAUGAUCGGCGACUCAGAGAAGCACAUGAAGGCCUUCCUCGGCGGCACCGAGCGUUUUGUCGGCAAUGACCACCCGGCUCUGAUUCCUCAAGUGCCGGCUAUCCUACUAGGCUACUACCAAAAUGACCUCCUGAGCGAAGAGGUCGCCAAAGCAUGGGGUCAGAAGGCCAGCAAGAAAUACGUCGACAUCAGCACCAGCCGCAAGGUCCGCCAAGCUGCCGAGAAGUUCUUGCAAUGGCUCGAUGAAGCCGAGAGCGACGAAGAGAGCGACGAGGAGUAGGUCCGUGGCUUAUCCACAGAUUUCUCCACUGUCCAAGUGUCUCGUGUUCGAGUCUGUUGUCGUCUAUCAAUAGGCCGACACACCCUCUCCUCUCCCCUCUCCGGCGCCACCAGGUCUGAUGCUUGAGAUUUGUUUUCGGGUCACUCCUUUCCUUCCUUUCGUGGUGAUGGUGGUAAACAGAAUUGCUCCGUCAAGUCGGGUGUAUGCUUGUCUUGCGAAGCCGAUCCCUGUUCCUAGAAUCUUGCCUAAAAAUUGAAUCCAGUUUCUAUCAA